UAUGGCUGCCCUAAUAUUGUGGCGGGCAUUGAAAUGACAGCUGAUAAAAGUUAUAUCGUCUCUCUCUCUCCAUCGUUCCGUAUGUAAACAACGUUCAAAACAAAAUCACGAAAUAUUAUUCGUCCUGAACGUUCUCGUAUCGUUAACCGUGAAAAAUAAUAUAAAUUACAUAAAAACUUAAUAAAAGUAAUAAAUACAUCCGAUUUUGAUAAGUAAGAUCUUGAAAAACAUUAAAAUAUACUCUAAAUAAAUGAAAUCGGUGACACAAUUGCGAUUGAAUUAAAUACAAUGUUCGGUCACGAUAUUCGAAGCUACGAUCUUAAGGUGGAACUGACCAAAUGCUUCAACGGUCACGGGAUUGUAUAUCUCGCUCAACAUUUGCCUUCCAGACAGCAUGUGGCAAUCAAGAAGUUUCUGAUGGAAGAUUUGAAAAAUGACUUCAAUUUCAUUAUGGAAGAAUCCAAGCAUUUGAGAGAGUUCAAUCAUCCCAAUAUUCUAAGCUACUACACAGCAUUCGUGCAUAAUUUGGACCUGUACUUCAUCCUGCCGCUGAUGUGUUUUGGAUCCUGCCGGGACACAAUGAACAACUACUUCGAGACUGGGUUCCCUGAAACAUUACUGGCCUGCAUCCUACGAGAUGUUGUACUAGGGUUGGAGUAUUUGCACAGAAAAGGCUACAUUCACCGUUCGAUAAAAGCCAGCCAUAUCUUCCUGAACGAGUCACGAGCCAUAAUCGGCGGGUUCCGCGUUUGCACAAGUUUUCUGGGAGAAGGAAAACGUGUGAAGAAUCUACACGAACUUCCGCCGCAGUCGACCAAAAGCCUUAACUGGUUGGCACCGGAAGUGCUGGCUCAGAAUCUCCUAGGGUACACGGAAAAGUCCGACAUCUACAGUCUGGGCAUAACGGCGUGUGAGUUGGCCAAUGGCGUGGAACCGUUCAGUAACUUCCAGCCCACGUUGAUGCUGACGGAGAAGAUGCGAGGGUAUCAGCCGCUGCUUCUAGACUGCACGACGAUUCCCAGUGAGGAGGUCUUCGCCCAGGCAAUGGACUCCGGUGUGGGGGAUGGCAAUUCCUCGCAGACACGCCAGAUCUACGCUUCGAGGCAGUUUUCAGACGCGUUACAUAAGUUUGCCGAGCUGUGUUUGGUUAGUAAUCCAAUCAACAGAUCAAGUGCCCACGAGUUACUUAACCACCCGCUUUUCAAACAAUGCAAGCACACAAGCAUAAGGGAACAAUUUGCUGCACGUGGCAUUGAAACGGCAGACUUUAAUACACUGAAAGGAGACGAAUCGAAUCUAACCAACGAAUUCUCAGGAAUGACGAUGGACACCAGCGGAAGUAACUUCGAAUGGGACUUUUAAUAAGAGUUCUAUUGAAGGCAUCUAUGAAAAAACAACCUACGAAGCGUAGACAAUGGUCAAUCUUCCACGUUAGUUUGCUCGCACUCGUACAUCCAAACGCUAACAUUCACAAUCAAAAUUAUACCGUUUAACGUAUACAACAUUCGAUGUUACCUGUUUACUUAGUGCAGAUUUAGUUGUUGCCCUUAUGAACUAAUAGGUAGUUGAAAAUGGAUAUGUUCUAGAUCAGUUGGCGAACUACAUCAAAUUAAGUAGUGUAUAAAUUAGGCUUUUAUUACUCAUUAAAAUAUAAUAAAGGUUUUAUAUAGAUAUUAGCAGUUGUUUGACAUUCAAACGCAAAAGUUGAAAGAAAUGCGAUCUGUAAGAGUUAAACUGAGGCCGCAACAAAAUGAUAAGCAGCGAAAGUUCAACAAUCGAUAGUAAGAAUGUACAGAUUAAAUUGAAAAUAAUACUAGCAUGUUUGAUGAAAUUUACACCUUUAUGAGCCGUUGAUCCAGCCCAAUGGCUUAAUAGGAAAACUUUUGGAAACAAGAUAUACAUUGUUAAGUAACAUUUUGACCCUUACAUGGUGUCCUAAAUUACGGACGAAGCUAAUAUUUGAUUGAUUUCUAUAGUUCCACCUAUUUGUUUUUCAUAGGUUCAUUGAACAAAACUUGGGUACAUAAGAAUUCUAAAAGUUGUUGUUUUUCAAG